AAGGGUCAAGGUCAGUUGACUACGACAUCUUGAUGAGCGGUCUAAUUUGAGGCUUCUUAAAUUAUUUUAAUGUAAAGCUAACAAGUUUCUUGAUUUGAAAAAUAUUUUAAAUGCCUAAUUCGUGUAUUCGAUGUGGAGAAGGCUUCUCUUGGCGGCGAAAAGAGGUUAAUUUCGUUGGUUAAUCAAUUCAAUAUCUAGUUCCCGGUUUUAUUUUAUGACUAGGUAUCAUGUGGUAAAUGUCGGCAAAUAUACUGCUCGAAAUGCGUUGAGAGUACAGAUUAUGAGGGAAAGAGUAAGGUAUCAGUUUGCCGGAAAUGCUACAACAUCAUUAAGGGCUUAAUUAAAGAGGAUGACGGUCGUAGAACACCACCGGAAGCCCUACAAAAGAGGGAAACGUUGUGGAAUGAGGGAAAACUAAAACCAAAGAACUUACAGGGACCUAUCGUUAAAUCAAACAUAACGCAUGAACCAGACUAUAUGAAAGGAUUAAAAGGAAAAGAUAUGGAAAUAGCGCAAAGAUUGAAAAGAUUACAAGAGGGCGACAAGGGAAAAUCUGAUACAAAAACUCUACCCUCUGCUGAUGAAAUUGCAUCAAGAUUAGCAAAGAAUCAAGGAAGAUCCGAAGAAAAUUCUAAUAAACCGCAUGUUUGGAAGAAAGAUACGAGAACUCAGCAAGAACAAGUUGACGCUUUAUUAGAUGAAAUAAAUGAUGAAGUCGAAUUAGAUGCCCGUUUCUUGCCACCUACCGACGAAAUACAAAAACGCCUGGAUAGUUUAAAGAGCGAGCAAACAACGACUACUCAUAAAGAGAGUCAAAUUGGUACUAGCGAAAGUAGUAAUCCUGAGGAACCUAUUAAACGUCAUUCUGGAAAUGACGUAGAAGAUUUGAUAAAAAACGUCGCUUUCGAAUUACAAAUGGACUCCACAAAAAGUAUGGAUAAUUUGAAAAAGGAUAAAUCGCUCUUCCAACGACUAAGGCAAUUAAUUAGAAGAAAGAGCAAUACAAAAUCCGAUAAUGAGGCUCGAGGCAAUCAACUCCCGAAAGAAGGAAACGUUCAGCCUAAACUAUCAACGGAGGAAGAAUCACCUGAGGAUGAGGAGAGACUCGAGGCGAGAAAAAUCGUUAGACAGUUAUUAGAAGAGGCAAAACUGGAGGAAAUGGAAAAUCUAGGAUUUUCGGGAGCACAAUCGAACGUGCCGGAUGAGCUACCAUACUGCUGUCUGUGUAACGAAGAUGCUAAAUACAAAUGUAUCGAUUGCGAAGACGAUCUUUUCUGCUCCAGAUGCCUCAAAACUGUUCAUAAUAAAGAGCCAGAUUAUAAGGAGCACCGAAGUGUUGACUUCCGUCCCCCGAAAAGGGAACGUAAAUAGUCUCUCAAAAACCUUUUGAAUAGUACAACAUAUAAAUAAAUAGAACAAGAUAAAGGUAAAGAAACUUUCUUUUAUUAUUAGUAAGAUGUUCAUUUGUCAUUGAUUUCAAGUUUUUAACUUUAAUGGAAUAAAUUUGUCUUUGUAA